CGAAGGUCUUUCUGGCUAAGUAAUGCAGCAUUGGUCUUGUUCUGUCUACUCUUCCUUACAUGUGCCGCGUCUCUCAUUACUUUGGACCGACUUAUUGCAUCUCGAGAUGGUCUGGCACUCACCAUAUCCUCAAGCUCCUACUCAUGGACGUACGGCCCUACCGCAAUCCUCGUUGUCAUCCUGAGUUUCUGGAGGCGUGUCGACUACUAUUACAAGUCAUUACAACCCUGGCGCGAGUUAUGGGCUCGGCCAGUUCCAGCGGACAAGUCCCUCCUCCUCGACUACAUAACUCCCUUCCAAGGCACUAGCAUGAUACGCGCCAUACAAAAUGGCCACUACGCUGUUGCCGCGACUAUUUCCUCUUUUUUUCUUCUCAAGCUCAUCAUUCUUGUGUCAACUACUUUAUUUGUUGUUGCACCAUCUCUACACGCAGAAACCUUCGCAAUUCAGUAUGAGAAUAAGUUUGAUGCGGCAGACGCCUGGGCGUCUCUCGACUAUAGCGCAAGAGGAAACAACAAAAGAUGCUGCUAUGACUCGAGCUGGCGCUACAAAAGAGGCUAUGGCGCCUUCACUGGCGGUUCAGACGCGUCCGUUUGGGCGUAUCUAGCGAAGCUAAACGAAGGCGCAACAAACAAUACUCAUUGGAAUCCCCAGAACGGCUUGGUGACGCAGAGUUUUCGUCCGCCAGCCGUAGAAGCAAAUGCCAGUUCUCUGGAAGCUCCUGUGGACAUGUUUGUUCCACGCAUUAGUUGUGAAGACGCUACUCUGUCGAUCUCAGACCCAGCUUCCGGCUCCUCCAAGUUCGACUUCGAGUCCGCAACAUGUUCAGCAGAUGGAGGUGUCGUCGAGCCAUGUUUUGAGAAAGGCAACGACCCGGACGCGUCACAGGUUGGCUGUCCAAAAGUCCCCCGAACCUACACGUUGUUCCGGUUAAACUGUUCCUCUGGUCAUGAUAAAUCCGACAAGGACAUUAACUGGGAUCACCGGAGAUUUUUCCCUGAGGACUAUGAGCCCUACGACAUCCGCUACGCCAUCACAGUUACUAAGCACGAGAUGCAGACCCUGAACAACACAAUUGGUGGUGUCAGUGAGAUCCCAACGGACCCUGUCAAAUAUUCCUCUAUCAUCUGCAAGAUAGGGUAUGGAAUUCUGUCAGAGAACGCUACGCUUGACCCGUUCACUGGCAAGGUUGGCUUUCCAGACGGCGCCUUCGAUGGGGAGACAAAAAGAUUGCACAAUCUUUCAUCCAUCGCUCUAACGGAAAUGCUCUUGACCAACCUCGGGGCGUCGACUUCGCUUGUCGUCGAUAUCAAGCUACUUACUGAAAGUGCCACGCAAAGCCGUACACCACCUAGCAGUCCGCUCUUCCAACUCAUGUUUGCGAAGCUGGGGUACCCAGACGACCUCGAUAUCUUCCACCAGCCCUCAGUACUCAAGGACACAUUCGUCUCAGUAUUGGGGGGCAUAUCCACGGAGUUUGCCCGACAGUCGCUACUGGUGUCCAAUGGAAGCGAGGGAUUCGCGAAGGGCCUGGUCAGCGAGGACAGGCUCUACGCAAGACCUUUUGCACUUUGGGCAAUGUCGCCUGCGGAGAAGAAAGAGAAGGAGACUGGACCCUGGUCGCCUCUGGCCGCUCGCCUACCCAUGGUUAUCACUGUUUUUACGCUCCCUAUCGUCGCCGUUGUCGUACUUGGGCUUCUCCAACGUCUCUCAGACCAAAGGCACGGCCUAGUCAACAUGAACGACAGCGACAUGACUGCCAAUUCCUAUAUCGUUCGAAUUGCUUCCACUCUGUUAGUGUUUGCUAUUGCAACCAUGAUCGACAGUCUCGACUCCACCAUUACUGCAUUUGCACCUUAUAGCAGCCUACGAUCGGGAAAUGCUCGGGCAGAUCAGAGCAUCCUCUUUCAUCUUCUUUCGGUAUCACCAUUCCUCAUUCUGGUUAAAUCUUUACGCAAUCGCCAUUACGGCCCUGCGGCUUCUCACUUGUCAUCACUCAUUGCCAGUUCUCUUACAAUUAUAGUGUCUGGCUUAUGGGUUGUGACGGACCCUAUGAGCGCAGAGCAGGCUUCAACAGCAAUAAUAAAUCACUGGGAUUCUAGUUGGCUGAAUAACCCUCUCGAUGACGGAGGGGCCGCCAUCAGGUUGAACAGCAUACGAAGGAACGGUACCAACACCCCGCCAGGAAUCUGGAAAGACGUCGUGGUUCCCAGGAUAUCUUUGCCAUCACUAUCCGAUGGUGCACCGCAUGGCACCAAUUAUACUUACGAGAUCAUGGCCCUUCAGCCUGUGCUGAAUUGUACAGUGGUUCCUCAACAAGACAUCAACGUUUCAAGUAGUAUCGCGGCCAGCCCCGUCAGCACGGCAUGCCCUUCAAUCGGCAUCCUGUACGGGUCGCUUAACAGUAGCAAAAGCUCCCCUUCGGACAACAUCACUAUACACGCAAAUAUCACUGCACUGCUCUGCUCUCAAGAAGUGAAUGAAAUUCCAUUGACCAUCACGUACAAUGGCGACCCAAUCUUGGGGGAGAUUAGCAGUGGUCAACCACCAAGAUUAUCACCCGAGAAGGCCCAGAGUUUGCGAAACGGUACGAAUAAUGCGCACACGUUUCGUCCUAGACUGGGGGGGUUUAUGGAGGGUCAGUUCUUUCCCUUUGAUCACGACGACCAUGACGCGAAGUGGACAUAUGACGCCUUCUUCAACCACCUCCUCUACGGCCCCAAUGGACAACGAGAGGAAGAACUCGAAGGUCCUGAGAACGCCGAGAAAUUGAUCAGCGCUGUGACGAGAGAAUACAGCGAGUACAUGAGGCAUGUCAUAGAUCUCAAUUUCCGGGCGGGGAGCAAUGCAACCCAUAUCAACCUCGUCAGCGCUGCCAACGGCACCUUGUCUCCAGUUCCAUCCGCGGCCAACACGGAAGUUAGUGGAAUAGUAUCCAGGAUCAUUACUCGCCUAGCCAUUCAUCGAACAUCGAGGCUCAUCCUCCAAGUUCUGUUAGCCGUAAUGACAGUCUUUGGCUUUCUGGGCUACUCCCUCGUCAAGCUCCGAGGCACGCUCCCGCGUGACCCAUGCAGUAUUGCGAGCACGAUGGCGUUCCUCGCUGGCUCACAACUCUGCGAUCGCAGGACCGGCAUCAUUCCUCAUGGCGCAGAGUUAAUGAGUGAUCAGCAGCUGAAGCGAGUAUUCGACCGGCGCGUGUUUAGCCUUGGAUGGUGG